CUGCAGUAAUAAUAAAAUGCGCGUGUGUGUGAAAGUUGUGUUGUGAGUGGAGAAAGAAACACUAUCUAUUUGGUACAAUUUCUCUAUCUCUAGACAAAAACAUCUUUUGUUUAUGCUUCAAACCUCAACGACCGGUUCGGUCGUUUCUCUUUGGAAGCCACCACCAUCUACUGAGCAUGCCAUUAUAUUAUGUGUUGGAAGGUCGUCAUCACGGUGAGUAAGAGCAAAAAGGUUAGGGUUCAAUUGUAAAAGAUGAGUUUAAUAUCACAGAAAGCUCGUCCUAAAAAUGAGACCAAAAGGGAGGAGGACGUUAAAGAAAAAGAGGUCGAAGACGGUAAAGAGUGUGAUGUUGAAAUCUUGGAAGUGAAAAGGAGGAAGACGGAAAAGACAAUUGGUCGAGUUAAAAGGCAGAGAUUUAAAUCUAUAAAUAAGUGCACUUACUCUGACUCACGUCAUCAUGACCGUGCAACAAACAAGCAGAAUAUGAAUAUUCAGCAAAACUCAAAUAGUAGUAAGAAUUUUGAUCUGAUUUCAAAGCUUCCUCAAGAGUUGAUGCUUGCUAUCCUUAGUUUGGUUCCUCUUAAGUGUCUGCUUAACUCUGCAAGGCACGUUUCCAAACCUUGGGCUACUGCUAUUCAAGCCUGCCUACGUGGUAAACCACCUGGUAUUUAUAUUGAAAUUAUACAUGCAACAGAGGCUUCUUAUUUCUUGAAUAUUCAAGACUAUGUCAAGGGACAUUCUGAAAGGAUUUAUUUGGGACUCUCUUGGAGAUUUGGAGAGAUAGUCGCCAUUUCUGAUGGCAUGUUUCUGCUUUGUGAUCGUUUUAGACUUACUUACGUCGUAAACCCCAUCAUUAAGUGCUGCUUUAGAAUUCCUCCUUUACCCCUUUCAAAACUACACGCUCAAUUGCGAUCUACUAUAGCAUGUGUUCCCCGCACUGGCAAGUUCAAGGUGUUCUUAAUAGAUGACCAAAAUGUUUCAGGGGUCAAUUGGUAUGUUUUCAACGUCCUAAGAAUUGGAAUUGACAACACAUGGAAAGAGAUAGUUAGAAAAGAAGUUAAGUUGUUGAAUUACACGGGUCUUUUAGCAUGGAAACCAGUUCAUAAUGGAGACAAUGAUAUUUAUUGGAUAACAGAGGAAGGAGUGAUUGUGAUGGAUGUUGACAAGGAAAUUAUUAUAAGAGAAUAUCCACUCCCCCCUCAACCAGUGGAUACUUUUCCACUUCCAGUUUAUUUAUGGACGGGAGAUUGUCUUUCUUUCUUUAUGGAUGAAAAAGACAGUAGAACAUAUCAAAUCUAUACUUUGGAUAUGGAUUCAGGAAAAUGGACUCUUUAUCAUGAGAUUAGACCUUUUCAUAAUGCGGGUAUUUGCAGCCAUAUGCUUGGUUUUGAUUUUAAUAUAAUGGCAACGUCUAUGAUUUUUCGGUUUUGGAUCAACGACCAAAUUAUCUUUAUGGUAAUGUUUGUUCCAAAAUCUAUUUCGGGUCCAACAGGAUUAGCGACACAUGUACACUUUUGUUACAAUAUCAAAACAAGACAAGUGGCAAAGAUUGAUUUCAUUCCAAUAGGCGAUUUCAAGGCAUGGCUUCAUACCCCAACUCUAACUCGUUGCUAAGUACUCCAAUGUAUGCCUAUGUAGAAGUAUUUAUAUUUAUAUUUGUCCUGCUUGGCCAAAACAAGGAAAAAAGAAUGAAUAUUUAGGAACAUUCAUAUUUCAUUAUUAUUAUUAUUAUUA